GGCGCAUGCGUUGUGUCGACUUCCUCCACGUGGGUACAACCAUUUCAAUAACAAAACCUCAAAUAGACAGCUAGAGAAGUAUACCUAUCAAGAAACAUGGCAGAAAAAAGGCCACGUAUGGAAGCUGACGGCAAAGAAGAUGUGGACGGAAAUACCAAUCAGUCACAUGGAACCUUCAUGUUCAGUAACAAACCUUCACUGGAGGAAAUCCGGAAGAUAUCGAGCAAGUUCGCAGAUGAUCGUGACUGGAACCAGUUCCAUACUCCCAGAAACCUACUCCUUGCACUGACAGCGGAAGUUGGGGAGCUUACAGAGAUAUUCCAGUGGAAGGGGGAGGUGAAAGAAGGGCUUCCAGAUUUCUCCGAGGCAGAAAAACGGCAUGUUGGACAGGAAAUGAGUGAUGUGUUGCUAUACCUGGUCCGCUUGGCCGAUAAAUGUCACGUCGACCUCACAGCAGCCGUAGUGGACAAGAUUAAGCUCAACUGCAAAAAGUACCCAGCUGACAAAGUAUAUGGAAAAAGCAACAAGUAUACAGAUUAUGACAACAGCAACCAUGGCGAUAGCUGAUGUUGGGUGAUUCUGACAUCAGUUGUAGUUGACCUUUGAAUCAUACAGAGCAGUUGUGAGAGCCCCUGUUUCAUGUCACAAUCUCAUCAAAUUCAGGUAUAAGUUCUCGCUGCCGCUAAACACUGAUCUGAGGACAUACAUUUACGGGUUGCAUCAGAACGAACUUUCAUCCCACCAAUCAGAGCGUCACUUAUAAUAUUAUAAUACAUAUUAUGAUAAAGGGUAUUCCGAAUAACAUUUACGGGCUGUUAGACUGAUUAUGUCAAAAUCAUUGUCAAUCUCUUGCCUUAGUGAGAUAAACAUUUUAACAGAAAAGACUUUUCAUAGCUCACGGGAAGUACUGCCAUAUAAUCUCAGCCAUCAAUAAGACAUUUCAGAAUGUUCUUUUGUUCAAUUUUCAUAUUUUGAAUUGAGAAUUUUUGUCAAAAUAUUUUUCAAAGUAUCAGUGUGAAACUAGUGCUGUAUAGCUCCAGAGAGCUGCUUUCUGGUUAAUGUUGACUUCUUGUUAGUCAUUUCUUUGGUCGGUCAAAGUUUGCGAAAGGUCGUUCUUAUGUGACCCGUAACAGAGCGUUUGAAGAUCUUUGUAUAGUAGUAGUGAGAACUGAGAUCCUAUUUUACCGUAUUUGACGUAAUAAGUGCUCUCAAAAUUAGAAAUAGGGGGCUCUUAUUAGAAUA